AACGGUCCUCAGUCCAGCACAGACAGUCAACAGAGCUGAAAAGCUGAGCUGAGGCACUGUCAAAUCCCUGAUAUAGUGAAAUAAGGACUCUGUGAAAACUUUAAGAUAUGGAAAUGUACCAAUCUGGAUUUUACACAGAAGACUUCAGAACUCAGGAGGUUCCUGCUGGUUUCGACUUCAGUUCAUAUGACUGCAGUGGUGAAGACCUGUCCUUUUUAUUAGACAGCAAAGGACCCGUCCAACAGCAGUAUGCCGAAAACUACUCCGAGCCCCAGAAGGAGCUGUUGCACAAAGGUCAUGUUCUUACAGUCGACUCUGGGCUGUUCAAUCUGGACUCUUUCCCUGAGUUCAGCAACUGGGCAGCAUACACUAAUAUUCCAGAAGGAAUGGUUGCAGACAGGCAGCAGGUGGGUUUUCAGGAAUCAACUCAAACCUACCAGAACCUCGUCCCUCUCUGCACUCCAGCACAAAGCAGUUCAUUCAGUCCCACAAUGGACACCAGCAGCCAUUACCAACCUGGGAAAGGCCCAAGCAGAGGAGCAUCCGGGACCCCCAGCCUUGACCAUUUGGGUGAAUCCGACAGAACAUAUGGCUUGUAUGAAGCGGAGCAGCAAAGCAGGCCUUCAUAUUGGUCCGACUACCCCUCACCCGGUUACUGCAGCUCCAUGCCGCUGAGCCAGCCUGCAUCCUCCUCAUCUCCUCCAGUCAGUCAGUCCACUGAGCACUUCUGCCCCCGCGUGGCCAAAAGACGCAGCGCUCCUCCUCAAAGAUCAGACCGAGAGGGCGAGAUCACACCAAUGUCCGCCUACCCAGGAUCUGGACCCAUCCAGCUUUGGCAGUUUCUGUUAGAACUCCUGCUGGACUCUGCUUGCCACACUUUUAUAAGUUGGACUGGUGAUGGCUGGGAGUUUAAAAUGUCAGAUCCUGCGGAGGUGGCGAAGCGGUGGGGCCAGUGUAAAAACAAGCCCAAAAUGAACUACGAGAAGCUCAGUCGUGGCCUGCGUUACUACUAUCACAAAAACAUCAUUCACAAAACGGCAGGGAAGCGCUACGUCUACCGCUUUGUCUGUGACGUGCAGGGCAUGCUUGGAAAAACCGCACACGAGGUCUUUGCAAGUCUAAACAUCUCCCCGAAUGCAGCAUCUCCACAGUCUGUAGCAAACUCAAGCCGCUCAGAGGAAACCACAGAGUCCUGGACACAUUAGAGGAGGAAUUCUCUAAGGAUUGGAAAGAACUUUAAAACAUCAGACGUCAUGCCUUUGGAAGAAGAAAUAACUGACUGACUUGAGAUUCAUGUACUUUAAUUUGGACUUUGCAACAUGUUUCCAUCAACAGGUCUGAAGUCAGCUUUGAAAUCAAGCUAGGUGCCUUUCGAUAACCAUGUUAGCUACCUCUUUUCACAUUGGAACAUUAAUCUUGUAAAUGUGUUUUGUUUUAUCUUAUGUAAACUGAUGGUUUGACAUCAGAUUGUGAAUUCUUGUAAAUAAAUGUAAUAUUACA